AUGAAUCAACAAGGAAAUGUCAAUACUGAGGCGGAUAGUGAUCAUGGGCCCGAUCAUUUGGAACCUAUCACAAACCCUGGACAUCAACAUCAUCGUGGAACGACAGUUAGUUCAUUUACUUCGUCUAUUGUUAACAAUUUAGUGACUCGACCUUGUUGGCUGUGUCAUAAGUAUUCAACAUUUGUGGUUAAACAUUCAUGGUGCUUUUUAUUACUUGGGUUCUUUAUUUGCAUUGUCCUUGGAUUAUCAGCAAUACUACUACGUGAUUUACCAGAUUUUAAUGAUCCGACAAAGGGUUUUGUUCCGCGUGGUAAACAUACAUUAACUUCACGUUUAUAUGUUCUUGAAAAACUCAAAAAUAAACUUGAUCAACAAUUAGCUACAGCAAAAAUAAAUAAUAAAAGUAAAAUACCAUUAUCAACAAAAUCACCAUUAUCAAGUAGUCCAAUGAAUAAAAAAUAUGAAGAAGAGGAAGAUGAAUCGGAUUAUGAUGAUAAUUUAAAUGAAAUAGAUCUUAAAUUAGAUUUAAUAUCUAAUCCAAAUGGUUGUGUAUUUGUGUCAUCAAGUCAAAAUAAAUGUUUAACUAAUCAGCAAGUAUAUUCAUUGUUGAGUAAUAAAACUGAUCUUAUGAAAAUAUCAAAACCAAUUGAAGAACAACUUUAUAAACCAAAUGAACACAUGUGUACAUCGAUUGAUCUAAAUCGUCAUUAUGAAGUUUAUUUUGAAUCAAGUGAUAAAUCAUCUUCAAAUUUAUUAAAUAUUGAUAAUCUAUUAUCAUUAUGUAAAAAACAAUAUGAACUUGUUGAAUUAUUUCAAUUACAUUCAACAUGUCAUUAUACAUUACCAGAAAUGGUUGCUUAUUUUUCUAAUAAAUCAGAUUGUCGACAAUUGAAUGCAAAUGAUAUAAAUACUUUUAUUGAUCGUAUACAACGUUGUCAUUCAUUAUAUGAUACUGGUCUUCUUCGUUUAGCUGGCUUAAAACGUUAUCGUACUGCACCAAUUGAUUUAUUUCUACAUGAUUUAUGUUUUCGUUAUAAUUUUACAUUUUUAACAUUAGAAUAUUUAGUAGAUAAAACAUUUUUGUCAACAAAUCAAACACGUUAUACAGCUAUGUGGUUUUUAAAACCAACUAAACCAAUAAUAACAGCUAAUGGAAGUGAAAUUCAUACAGCAAAUUCUGCCCAUGAUUUAUUUAUUGAACAUUUUUAUCAAAAUCCAAAAUUUGAUGAUGGUCGGACACGAAUAUCUGCAUUAAAUUUUAUGGAUAUUCGAAUUCCUUCAGCUAUGAAACAAAUACGUGUAGAUAUGUUUUUUGUUAUAUUAGCUAUUUCAUUAAUUGUUGGAGUGACAAUCAUUUAUCUUCGUUCAAUAACAGUUGCAUUAAUGACAAAUAUAUGUGUUGUUUUAUCAUUUGCUUGUGCUUAUUUCUCAUAUAAAAUAGUUUUUGGUAUUGAUUUAUUUCCAUACAUAAAUUUAAUGGCAACAUUUAUUUUAAUUGGUAUAUCAUGUGACAAUGUAUUUGUUAUAUUUGAUGCAUGGUAUUCAGAAAAAUUAGAUAUUUAUAAUGAAGCACGUUUACGAGGUCGUUCAAUAGAAUUUUAUGGAAAAUUAACUGACAAACAACAAAAACAAUAUCUUCGUGAUAGAGAAUAUACAGCAUCAGUACUAAAACGACAUUCAUCAACAAGAAAUGAUCCUGAACAACAUCAACAAGAUCAAACUGGAGAAGAAGAACAUUUUGACUCAAUUAAAAAUACAGAUUUAGUACGGAUGAUGAAAGUUGAUGAAGAACAAAUGAUACAGAUGAUGACAGGAGUUUUAAGACAUGCAGCAGCUAGUGUUUUUGUAACGAGUUUUACAACAUCAGCAGCUUUUUUUACGAAUAUGAUAUCACGUAUUGCUUAUGUACAAUUAUUUGGUUUAUUUAUGGUAAGGUUUUACUAA